UGAAAUGUAAAAUUGCACAACUUUUUCAAAUUGAUCGUACUGCGACAGUCAAAUCAGCUGUUCAACCUUUUAGUAAAGUAAUGUCCUGUAGAGGCGCCACGAUACACUGUAUGUAUUUGGAAAAAUUGGUUAGAUGUGGUACACUGGAAAAAAGUAAAGAAAUGUUACAUUCCUACAUUUAUAAUUUUCAAACAGAAUAUAUAUUAUUUAAUAAAUAUUUAUAUAUUCUCCUGUAUUAUCUCAACAAGAAAUGAUUACCAGCAAUUUAACUGAUACCUGGAGAGAAGCAUUCGGCAUAAAAUAAUAUACAAAAGUGUUGCUGAUAAAAUGAACCAUUACUUGCUUGAAUGCUGUUUUCUUCGCUUUUACUUACAAAGGUGUCAUCGUGUUAUAUCAAGAAUUAAAUUAGUAUAUGUUCUCUAUUUUUUUGGUAUUAUAGCAUUGUUAGAAUCUUUUGGGGCAUUUGUGCAUCUAUUUGAAGUAACAUAUGAUGAAAACUUUGUAUAUCCAUACGAAGGCAACAUACAUGAGUUUGUAAAUGCAUUACGACGUAAUGAAAAACCUGAAGUUGAGCCUAUAAAUGAAUACAAAUACUCUUUUGUGUUAAAACAGCCACAAAAGUGUAAACAAGAUGCAGAUCAUGCACUUCGUGUUGUAUAUGUAAUAAAGUCUGCUAUAGAGAACUUUGAUAGAAGAACUGCUAUACGUAAUUCAUGGGGAAUAGAGAAAAGAUUCUUUGAUGUGCCAGCAAAAACUAUUUUCGUAGUAGGUAUGCAUCCAAAUGACGAAGAAAUAGAAGCUAAAUUAAAAUUAGAAGCAACAAUCCAUAAAGAUAUUAUACAAGCAGAUUUCAUAGAUUCAUACUAUAAUAAUACUAUAAAAACAAUGAUGAGUUUUAAAUGGUUAGUAAAAUAUUGUCCCAAUUCAAAAUUCUACAUGUUUGUCGAUGAUGAUAUGUAUGUGUCAGUAAAAAAUGUAGCAACAUUUAUCAGGAACCCAACUAAUUAUCCAUUUUACUUAAUAGAAUCUAGAAGAGUAUAUAAUGCACACAAAAAAAGAGAAAUCAAACAAUCAGAUCUAAUGGAUUAUAAGACUGCAAAUAUAUUUAGUAAUGAAAAUGCAACAAUUAAUUUAGAAAGCAGUGAAAUACCUUUUAAAAAUUUUACCAUUUAUGAAUCGAUAAAUAAUAAUAGUCAGAAAAAUAAUGUAUAUAAGAAACAAGAUGAACGAAUUAAUGAAAAUCUUAGAACAGAAAAUAGACAAUUGUUUGAGGUAAAUUUAUCUGUACUGAAUAGAACAAAACGACAAAUUUUCGAUUUUGAACUGCCAGACGACAUUAGGCUAUUUGCAGGAUUUGUAUUUACACGAUCUGCACCACAUCGACAUAAAUUCUCUAAAUGGUAUGUUACAUUGGAAGAAUACCCAUACCAUUUAUGGCCACCAUAUGUUACAGCUGGUGCAUAUAUUCUCUCUAGGGAAGCUCUUUUAGACUUGUAUUAUACUAGUUUUUACACUAAACAUUUUAGAUUUGACGAUAUCUUUUUAGGUUUAGUAGCUAAGAAAGCUGGUAUAUUACCAUUUCAUUGUGAAGAGUUUCACUUUUAUAAGAAAGCUUAUACAAAAUAUAGUUACAAAUAUGUCAUAACAUCUCAUGGAUAUGGAGAUCCAAAUGAACUUCUACAAGUAUGGAAUGAACAGAAAGCUCUUGGAAAUGCUUAAAAGAAUUUAUAGAUAUCAAAACAAAAAUUAUAUAAUAUGUUAUAUAUAUUAUGUUG